AUAUUUUUGGGGUUUUAAAUGAUGAGCAGUAGUAGUGCUGGGAGAGGCAUGAGGUUUCCUUUUACUCCAUCUCAAUGGCAAGAGCUUGAGCACCAAGCUCUGAUUUACAAGUACAUGGUUUCUGGAAUACCUAUUCCUCCUGAUCUCCUCUUCUCCAUCAAAAGAAGCUGCUUGGACUCUCCUCCUCUCUCUUCAAAGCUCUUCUCUCCCCACAUUGGGUGGAACUGUUUUCAGAUGGGACUGGGGAGGAAGAUAGACCCAGAACCAGGAAGGUGCAGAAGAACUGAUGGGAAGAAAUGGAGGUGUUCAAAAGAAGCAUAUGCUGAUUCUAAGUACUGUGAGAGGCACAUGCACAGAGGCAAAAACCGUUCAAGAAAGCCUGUGGAAGUUUUCAAAGCAACACUACCAACUUCAGCAAAUUCAAACUCUAACUCCAACUCAAACACAUCACCAAUCACUAAGAUUUUCAACCCAUCAUCCAAUUCACUUAGCACACCCUUCCAUUCACUAUCUUCACUCUCACCCAAUGAGAGUAGCUACAAUAGUAGUAGCUCUAAUCUUGAUGAUCAUCCUUUCCUUUAUUCAAGGCCAAACAUUGGUUUAUCACAGCAAGAAAGAAGCACCUCCUUGUUUUUGGACUCUGCUUCUUACAAUAAUCCCCUGCAUCCUAACUUAGAAUACAGACCAAACAGGUUUGGUUAUGGGGUGAAAGAAGAGGUGGAUGAGCAUGCAUUCUUCUCAGAGCCUUCAGGGAGUGUUAGAGGCUUCUCUGGCUCUUCUUCAUCUUUGAAUCAUCAUCAAAAUGAAUCCAAUUGGCAGCUCACAAUGAGUUGUUCCGACUCUUCUUCAAAACAGAGGACCUGCUCUGCUUUACAAACAGAGCACUACCCUCACUUGCAGCUUCAGAACUUCACUGACUCCAAACGAGGAGAAGAAACCCAGAGAACCAUUCAUCACUUCUUUGAUGAAGGGCCUCCCAAAGAUAGAGAAUCAUCAUGGCUUGAUUUGGAUGCUAAUAAUAAAUCUUCAAACAGUGGAUCAGCUUCCACCACCAGGCUUUCAAUCUCUAUUCCAAACUCUGCUCAUGACUUCCCAAUCUACAAUUCCAGAAGUCAUCAUGAUGACUGAGCAGUUUCUUGUACUGGGUUUCUGAAUCCAAGGGCCAAAACUUGUACUUACUUGGUGUCAACUCUUUUUUUGUGUAAUGUCUAAUUAGUGAAGGCAGGAAGAG